CUCCUCCUACUACUGGAUCUCCGCCUGCUGGCUCACUGCUCUCUCUCUCCCUCUCAUCUGGUUGAGCCAAAAAUGACGCUCGCGCUGGGCUGAGGCAGAACUUCCCAGAGUGGAGUGGGAGGGAUGCGCCAAGUCCUCACCUGCUGCGCUAGGUGCACGGUCCACUCUCCACUCCUUCAUAAGAGCGGGUCUGCCACUUCGGGUGCUACUCUGAUCCCACUCAGUGGCUUGUCGGUCGACUUCUUUAUGAACCCAGAUUACCGCUCUUCCUCGACGCUCUCCCCGUUCAAUGGCCGAGACCUGCAUCGUGUGUCUCGGCGACCUCGCCCACCGCGAUGGAGGCCACGUCGCCGCCACCGAUGCUCCCCCACCGGAUGACUCGCUGGACACCAUCGCCCAUAGUGCCCGCCAUCCAAGCCAGCCUCGGAAGUCACCGCCUCUAGGCCCUACAGCUGCAUCGGACGACAAAGAGUUGGUCGCCCACUUGCUGCCUUGCGGCCACAACUUGCACAAUGAGUGUUUGAAGCCGUGGGUGGAGAGAGCGAACAGCUGCCCCAUCUGCCGUGCUAGCUUCAACAUGGUCGAGCUUUGCAUUCAAGUAGGAGGUCCCAUGAUUUCGUCGUACCCCGUUCAGGACAAGCAGCAGGUUGCCGACAUCGAUCCGUCCAUGAUUGUUGAAGACGACUAUACUUUUGAAGACGAUGGAAGCUACGACGCCUGCAUGGUUUGCGAUGAGUUUGGCGACUCGUCUCAGCUCAUGUACUGCCACAGCUGCGAGCAAUUAUGCCACGUCUUCUGUGCUGGUCUUGAUCGGAUGCCAUCCCGCGGUGCCUGGUACUGCCAAGGCUGCAUCGAGAACCCGGAACUUCUUACUGCUGCCGCCCAGCGGGGUCUACCGCGCACGCCAGCGGCAUAUGUCAAUGGACGCUCCCUGCUGCCCCGCCGUUCUGGUGCAUCAGACGAGUGGGGCCGGGUGUGGCAGAGCGUCCGGGAUCGACUACAUUUCGACUUGGAGUUCCCGUUUGAGGACGAUGCCCAGUCGACCAGCGAGAGCCGUUCCGAGAUGCAGCGGCGGGAACAGGAGGAAUGGAACCAACGCUUCGACCUAGCUCGCCAGAUGGGCGCGGGGAACAGAUUCCGGAUGGUUACAGACAACGUCCAUUUCCGUCAGCCAUCAACAACCCGUUCACGACACGUCAACCCCGUUCUCCAUCGCGAGGUCCCCGUAACUCCAAGAAACCCAGAGUCACAGGAGGAACUGCGCGCAUGGAACCAGUUCGAAAAGGCUCGAGACCAGAUUGCGGAAGUGGAGGGUCCGUCUGAAGGAAACAGCCGUCGGCGCAAACGCAGGUCAGUCGACUCCACCCCUGCGGAGCCCGAUGGAGCGGACCAACCUCAGCCCGAGCGGAAGUUCAAGCGACCCCGCACCCGCCUUCCUUUGGAUAAUGGGGAAUCAUCCUCCGCUGCCGCCGCUCGCCCCAGCGUGGAUAAAGAUACGACACAGCCCCAUAGCGAUGUCAAGGAUGGGAGCGACUCCGGCGCCGCUCCUGGUUUUUUGCAAGCUCUAUUGAGGGAACUAGAGGUGGACCGGUUUGCGGAACAUGACAAAGAGAUUGCUGCACCACAGCCCCGUCGUGUUAUAGUCGAUCGUGCUUGCUCACCCCCGAACUCGUCACCUGGUCUUUCCCCUGUAUACUCUACACCUCAUGGGCUGGCGACACCGCCACCCCUCACCAUAAGACGCACGGGAUCUCCACAGUCUGAAGACGAAGCACAAGACUCUCCAACCUACUCGCCCUAUUCGCCUGUCGAUGAUGACGUCCGACAGAGCAGACGAAGGCAGCCGCUCCGCUCUGCGGGAUUGACCAGUCCUCCUCAAUCCAAAGAUUCAUCGCCUACCCGCUCAUCGCUGUCCUAUUCCACAAAAUCCGAACUUCAACGCAUGGUGACCGCCGUUCUGAAGCCUUUCUAUCUCAGGAAGGAAAUCACGAAAUCUAAUUACACAGACAUCAAUAGGGAUGUCUCCCGUCUCCUCUAUGAUAGUGUGGGAGAUGCUGGUGCCGAGGCCCUGGCCAGUGAAGAAACGAGAGCAAAGUGGCAGAAGAUGGCGGCGGACGAAGUUGACAAAGCUAUCCAAUCGCUUCAGGCUAGCGGGUCCGCUGUUGCGACUGCGGACGACUCUGCGUCGUCUUCCUCAUGAAAUGAUCAUGCGCUCAACGAAUUUCCUAUCUUCAGCAUAGCACUGGAUGAUGUCCUGUAAGGCGCAUGAUUUAUAUCUAGGUCUCUCACUUGGUUGGGCACACUGGCGUUUCUCACAUGAUACCAUUGCGGCGCAUUGGCGAGUACGAGGGGAUUCGGGUGGGCUAGAUACCAACUAUUAGCUAGGUUCUUUUUUGGGUUGUUAAAGGUUACGAAUCUUGGGUUUUAGCUAGUUGAGCGUUGCUGCCACCUGUGGGUACGGGUGCGCAUUGAUGAUAAAUGAUGGAACAUUUUCAAG